GUCAAUUGUAUUUUCAGCUCUUCCAAACCGAACAUACUGCUUGAAUUGUCCGAAUGUAUUACAACCGAAAGACUGUGACUUUCUGGUUCUUUGCGGUCCCGAGGAGGUAUGCUACACACAGCUUUAUAAUUUACAUGGGGAGAAUAGAUACAGAAUGGGGUGCAUUCACAAAUCGGCGUGUUCAGAAACACACUCCCCUGCACUUGUUGGAAAGAAGCGAUUCAUCGUUGACAGCACUAGCUUAAGUACAUACUGUGGUAAAUGCUGUGAAAAUGACAUUGGUAACUGUAACCGGGAACUUUGUGCCAAGAAUGGCAGUUUACAACCAAAUACAAAAGUAAUGGAACUUGUGAAUCCACCUAUGCAAACUGGCUAUUGUACCGAUCUUUACCCGCAGUCGUGUCGUAUUCUCCUGAUACAGAAUCCAAACUUAUGCAAAGAAACAAAGUUCUCGCAUUACGCAUGUAGGGAAUACUGUGGCACAUGUGUUAAUCCUGGACAUCAUUCACUAGUGCCAACAACGACAGGAUCAACAACAACAACCACAUCAUCAUCGUCUAAGUACAACACAAAAGAUUGUUACUACAACAGUAGAAAAUACAUGGGUGCGCAAAGUAUUACAGUGUCCGGAAAAAUGUGUUUGAACUGGGUUGAUGUAAAUCCGAACAUGCAAGGCUUACCUGACACUUCCGUGGAUAAAGCCAGAAAUAAAUGUCGGGACCCUAAGGGCUACGGUAGGCCAUGGUGUUUUACUUCAGCUACAACAUAUGAUUGGGAAUUUUGUCAUAUUCCUGUUUGUCAAGAAUGUUUCUAUCAAGGAAACAGCUGGCAAUAUGCUGGAUACGUUUCUGUUGACAAAGACAAUAACACAUGCCUGUCUUGGACUAAUUACACUUCUCAGUUUGGAAUACAUAUAGAUAACUUUCCGGAUGGCUCUACUGUAAACGCUCAGAAUUUCUGCCGUGACCCGUUCCAUUCCGGAACACCCAUGUGUUUCUCCGGCAGUAAGCUAAAUCCCUGCAAUGUACCAGUGUGUCCACACACAUGCAGAGACGAUCCAGAAAUAAACUGUGCAUUAUUGAAACAGUACGUGUGCAGAUACGAGUAUACAAGCGUCACGAUGUGUCCACGCACUUGUAACUCGUGCAAAUUUGGUCUGUUACCCCCUUUGCCACAAGUGUCUUCAAGUGUCUGUGUUGACAAUCCUAAUGCAAACUGCCAAACACUGCAGUCCAUAAUAUGCGCGGACCCGGAUGGAGCGCAGAGGUUUUGCCCGAAAACGUGUAACAAAUGCUACGUGUAAAUUACAAGUGAUUUGUUUUGUCAAUUUUGAAUGAAAGAGAAAUAUUUUUGCUG